CAGGGUCGUCAUGUCAAAACAGGUCAGCUUGCUGCCAUCAAAGUCAUGGACGUCACAGGAGAUGAGGAGGAGGAGAUUAAAGCGGAGAUCAAUAUGUUAAAGAAGUACAGCCACCACAGGAACAUCGCCACCUACUAUGGAGCGUUCGUCAAGAAAAACCCUCCAGGGAUGGAUGACCAGCUUUGGCUUGUGAUGGAGUUCUGUGGCGCUGGUUCAAUCACGGAUUUGAUCAAAAACACCAAAGGGAACUCUUUGAAGGAAGAGUGGAUUGCCUACGUCUGCAGAGAGAUCCUCAGGGGUCUGACCCACCUCCACCAGCACAAGGUCAUCCACAGAGAUAUCAAAGGACAGAAUGUGCUACUGACAGAAAACGCAGAGGUUAAACUAGUGGACUUUGGUGUAAGUGCUCAGCUGGAUCGCACGGUGGGUCGGAGGAACACAUUUAUUGGAACGCCAUACUGGAUGGCGCCUGAGGUCAUUGCCUGUGACGAGAACCCUGAGGCCACCUAUGACUUCAAGAGUGAUCUGUGGUCUCUCGGUAUCACAGCUAUAGAGAUGGCGGAGGGUGCACCGCCUCUGUGCGACAUGCAUCCAAUGAGAGCGCUCUUCCUCAUCCCCCGAAAUCCUGCCCCCAGACUCAAGUCUAAGAAGUG